CAGAGCGAGAGGAGACCCGCGGUUGAGCUGAGGAGGAACCGGCGAUUAGGACUCUCAUUGGCAGCCCAGAUCCAAACGCUAGCUGCCGAGGCCUCGUGCCCCAAACGCCAGCCAUCCCUCUGUAUUGCCAUGGGAAUUCAAGGCCUGGCCAAAUUAAUUGCUGAUGUGGCCCCCAGUGCCAUCCGGGAGAAUGACAUCAAGAGCUACUUUGGCCGCAAGGUGGCUGUUGAUGCCUCCAUGAGCAUUUAUCAGUUCCUGAUUGCUGUUCGUCAGGGUGGGGAUGUGCUGCAAAACGAGGAGGGUGAGACCACCAGCCACCUGAUGGGCAUGUUCUACCGCACCAUCCGCAUGAUGGAGAAUGGCAUCAAGCCUGUGUAUGUCUUUGAUGGCAAGCCACCACAGCUCAAGUCAGGCGAGCUGGCCAAGCGCAGUGAGAGGCGGGCUGAGGCGGAGAAGCAGCUGCAGCAGGCUCAGGCUGCUGGGGCCGAGGAGGAGGUGGAAAAAUUCACGAAGCGGCUGGUGAAGGUCACUAAGCAGCACAAUGAUGAGUGCAAACAUCUGCUGAGUCUCAUGGGCAUCCCGUACCUUGACGCGCCCAGUGAGGCAGAGGCCAGCUGUGCUGCCCUGGUGAAGGCUGGCAAGGUCUAUGCUGCAGCCACCGAGGACAUGGACUGCCUAACCUUUGGCAGCCCUGUGCUAAUGCGACACCUGACUGCCAGUGAAGCCAAGAAGCUGCCCAUCCAGGAAUUCCACUUGAGCCGGAUUCUGCAGGAGCUGGGCCUGAACCAGGCACAGUUUGUGGAUCUGUGCAUCCUGCUGGGCAGUGACUACUGUGAGAGUAUCCGGGGCAUUGGGCCCAAGCGGGCUGUGGAUCUCAUCCAGAAGCACAAGAGCAUUGAGGAGAUUGUGCGGCGGCUCGACCCCAGCAAGUACCCCGUGCCGGAAAAUUGGCUCCACAAGGAGGCCCAGCACCUCUUCCUGGAGCCCGAAGUGCUUGACCCUGAUUCUGUGGAGCUGAAGUGGAAUGAGCCAAAUGAAGAAGAAUUGGUCAAGUUCAUGUGUGGUGAAAAGCAGUUCUCCGAGGAGCGAAUCCGCAGUGGAGUCAAGCGGCUGAGUAAGAGCCGCCAAGGCAGCACACAGGGCCGCCUGGAUGAUUUCUUCAAGGUGACUGGCUCUCUCUCUUCAGCUAAGCGCAAGGAGCCAGAACCCAAGGGCUCCUCUAAGAAGAAGGCAAAGACUGGGUCAGCAGGGAAGUUCAAAAGGGGAAAAUAAAUGUGUUUCUCCCCAGUAUCCCUCUUUGGCCCAAGAAUAUCUGCCUUGUUGCACCCGUGAGAGCUAGAGCUAGAGAAACCUCCAUGGCUGUAGGGAGGGUAUUCUGUUGCCUUUCUAGUACCAGCCUUCUCAGUAGUGUUUUUCCUUUUUUUUUUUUUUUUUUGAUCUUAUGGCAGAAAGGCCACAGAGAUACUUUGUUUUCUUCCUUUUUUUAGCUCAGGAAAGUAUGCCAGGCUCAAACCACUUCUCAGGCAGUUUAAUGGACACUGAAUCCAUUGUUACAUGAAAGUGAUAGCAACUAGUUUUAGAGAUGGGAGAGGGAGAUAAAUGAUGGAGACAAAAAACUGUAUGGAAAUGAUUUCCUGGCUGGCUGACUGGUGGCCAGUGUGAGGUGAUGGUGGAACCAGACUUGCUUCUCUCUAGUUCAGCCUCGACACACCCUGAAAGAUAGCCAUCAGGAAGACCUAGUCUUAGCGAUGGGAACACUACUGAAGAGAUAGGACAAGCACAGAGCAGGAGUCCCUGGAGUUGGCAGCAUGGGUUUAAUUACCGGCUCUGUCUUGGGGUGGGCAAAAACUUGAACUUGCUAUGUAAUUUGAGUCUUUACAGUGGUUCUUCAGAGUGAGAUGGCGACGUUCUUCUUGUCUUUCUGAGGCAAUCAACUGAGUUGAAGC